AACAGAGCACAGUGGAUCAGUUUAGUGAGUUUGAGUUGAUAUAUCUUUCAGAAGAAUUUCCAGCUUCCAAUCUCAAAAUCUGAUUGAGUUGUUGGAAUUUCGAGGGAAUCAAGUUAGCUUACUUGUUCCUCAAGCUGCUUUAUUUAAACCUAUCCAACUGCUCAGAUGUGAAGGUAAAAGCAAGGUGUACCCUGUAACAGGCCCGGUUCACAGAAGCCCUUAGCAGGAUAAACACAUAUAACUGACUAUUUACUUAUUUAUUGUGUUACAGCCUUUCCUGCACAACACCUGGUACAGGUGCACAAUAAUAAUUUCACCCUGAAACGACAUGCAAUAACAGCUGUAGUAAAAAUCUAUUGAAAUACGCAUAUUUACAUGGAUGGCCAUGUAAUCACCUUAUCUGAGGAAUAAAUAAGACAAAAGCAUAUAGAUCAGUGGUCCCCAACCUUUUUUGCGCCACUGACCGGUUUAUGCCCGACAAUAUUUUCACGGACCGGCCUUUAAGGUGUCGCAGAUAAAUACAACAAAAUAAAACUAGUACCGGUACCGAAAAAAAGAUUUAUUCAUAACACACGUGAAAAGACCCAGGAAAACCGAGUUGACAAUAAAAUCGAUAACAGAAUAACGCUGAAAACCGAUAAAAACCCUGAAAACAAUACAUUUCACACCUGAGCCUCAACUCUCGCGGCCCGGUACCAAACGACUCACGGACCGGUACCGGUCCGAGGCCCGGGGGUUGGGGACCGCUGAUAUAGAUGACAUUUAUCCUACUAAAACUGAAAAUACACCCAUGAAAACUGCAGAUUUUUUCCUCCUCUGGUUUCUCUAUGUAACUGGGUCAGAACAGAGCAGAGCAUCCCACAGCAGCUUCAGAUGUAGGUCAGUGGGUGUCUGUGUGGACCGCCUUUGCUGGAGCUUCUUCCUGUGAGCUCAGUUGUCAACAUGCUGAUGCCAUUUUUAGCCUGAGCCCACGGGUUAUUAGCAACAUAAUAUGAUGUAAUCUGUGCCUGGACUAUUUAGGUUCGCCCAUACUCUCCCUCUGGCAUCCAAACCUUAGUUUAAUAAUGGGUCAUCUUUCUCAUAGACGAUCUUUGCUCCACCUCAGCAAACAAGAAUUCCUGUCAUAAUUUCUUUCAGGUGACAGCAGUUUGUGUGCUCGUUACCAUAACAGCAGAUUUAAUGGGCCAGCCACAGAGACCUCCAAUUGUUCUCAGUAUUUCCCACUGCUGCUGGAGAGAGAGGAGUUCAGCCUGACAGAUCCGAGAGGGAAGCUUUUUAUGCAAUAAAGUUUUGCGGGAUAUGUCUGAAUAAUUUCAUAGGAGGUGGUCAAAGGUGUUUUUAUGUAUAUUUAUUCAGUGAGAUGGGGAAAGAGAACAACACAUUGAUAGUAAAACUAGAACCAGGUUUCCCACUAAAUAUAGAAGCAAAGAAGCAAUUUCCCAGGAUGAGCACAGUGAAGUCAAAGAAGAGGAUAAAGAAGAUCACAUCGGACAACAGGUCCACCACAGAUAAGGACGGGACUACAUGUGAGAUAUCAGGGAACAUAAUGAGGUUUUGUGUCAACUUAAUGCCGGUUUUAACCUUGGCUAAGGAGACUGAGCAGGAGGAGGAAGACGAGAAAGAAGAAAGCAACACCUCCAUGAGUCGACAGGAAACAGAAACCAGCAGCAGAGACCCAUCUGUCAGCAAACUAGUGGAACAGAAACAAAACGCAAUUGACCUCCAGUCAGGAUUAACCUCAGAGAGAACAACCAAACCAAGACUCUCACUGACUUCUCCAUUUCUGCCGCCGCCUAUAAGCGAACCAAAACCAUUUGAUCAGAGCUCAGGCUGUCUCACUCCUCUGCCUGCCAUCACUGUGCAUCAACAAGCAACAACCAGCUCUGCAAAGCUUGGAGCAGAAGGCUUUGGAGUCAGUGGAGCAGUUACAGUGCAGGCUUCAGACAUCAGGCCCUGGAUAGACAAUCCCCUGUUCUCCAAGAGUAGAUCAGCUGAGGUUCAGCUUCCUGACAUCACCUUGUCCAGCCUGAAUGCACUGCUGCAAACUGUCACAUACAGACUGAGGAAGAAGAGGAGAGGGGCCAAGGAAGGACUAUGGAGACAAGACCGGUCUGAUCAGCUCCUCGUGGCCUUUACAGAUCAGUGUCGGGCAGCAGGAUGGGAAGCGGGGCAGCGUAUGAGCUGGAAAAGACAGAUCACCUGGUGCCUGCGGGGUAAACAGACAGAUGAGCCUCCCUCCACUUCAUCCUGCACCCAAAGCGCCGCUCAUCUUCCUCAGGAUGAUGCAGCCAAACCACCUGACUGCUCAGACGCCGCAGUGACUGAACAACCACACAUAACUUGCAGUGUUUGAAAAUUGUGCUGCAGGUCAAAUAUUUUUAAUUUUUUCAGAACAACAGACAUUCUUUUAAGCUACCAUACUUCAAGGAAAUAACGUACAUCUUACAGCUGAUAUUCAAGUAGAACAGCAUAUUCAUUCCAAAAUGAGACAUCCAGCUUACAGUUUCAGUUCUGCAGUAUUUCAGGGCAUUUCAGUAUAAUUCUUGAUCUUUUAUUAAACAUUUUCUGCCUUUUUUCCAGAGUUAGACAGGAAAUAUAAGAGAGGGAGGUGGGAAAUUACAGCAUGCAGCUGUAGACUUUUGUCCACUACAUGGACAAAAGUAUUGGGAGUAAGUCUGUACUGUUGAAUUAAAGCAGCUAGCAUGCCGUCUGUCUUUACAAAGAUUCCCGAAAGAACGUGCUGUUGGAGAGAGCUCACUGAAAUUGAGCUUGGUGCAGUAACAGGACGCCACAGCCGCAGUUUGUGACAUUUCUUCUCUCAUAGAUAUCCCACAGUCAGCUGUAAGUGGAGGAAGUGUUUGAGAAUGACAGAAGGUCAGACUCCAAACAUCCUCUGGCAUUAACAGCACAGAAACUGUCAGCCGGGAGCUUCAUGGUUUUGGUUUCCAUGGCUGCUACACUACUUUUAUCCAUGUAGUGCACAUGUCCUAACCACUCACCCGUCCAGCUGCCCCACAUUGUUAAAAACAGGUUGCAUUUUGGAAUGAAAUCCUUCUGAUAUGUCACGUUUGUCUCAUGCAUAUAUAUAUAUAAAAUGCCAUUACAGUACGGUAACAUUCAGCAGCCAGUGUGUCGUUUGUUAGAAAGAAACAAACACAUAGUUCAGAAUAAAAACAGUUGUUGACUGAA